GGAGGGGGGGAGGAGGGGGAGGAGGAGGAGGAGGGGGAUACUUUACCUCCCUGAUAGAGAUCUGUGAGGCAAAGUGGCGAGACUCUGUGUCUCCGCCAAUCAGAAUAGAGGGCUGAAACUCAACACCGGCGAAUCAGAGGGCCUCCUCGGACCGCUCCACAGAGAUAGGGCCAGGAGGAGAAGGCUGCUCCUUCCUCCAGGAGAGGGGAGCUCGGCAGCGAACAUACACUCACCGUGAACCGUCUGCAGCCAGAGUCAGACACCCUGGCUGAAGAAAAGGAAAAGUUUUGCCUGAUGAGCCUGGACAAAGAAGGCGUUCCAGACCAUGUGAUCGGCUCCUCCUGCCAGAUGAGGACUCUGGACAGCGGCAUCGGGACCUUCCCCCCCCCGCGACCCCUGGGCCGCCGCCCCCUCCCCCAGUCCCAGUCCAGCCCCGGGGGGGGGGCGGUGCGGGCAGGAGGCCCCUGCAGCCCCCUGGGACCGCCUCCUCCGCCUCCUCCACCUCCUCCACCUCCUCCACCCCCACGACAGCUCCCUGGGAGCGCCGCGUCGGUGAGGACCUCGGACAGUGUGGCCCCGCCCCCCACGGAGCCUCACAACACAGCGCCCUCCUCAGAUUGCUCCGGAAGACAUCGGUUGAGUCUAAAGGGUUCUCGUGAAGCCAUCUCCACCACCAAUCAAGAGGAGGAGGAGGAGGAGGAGGAGGAGGAGGAGGAGGAGGAGCGAGAUGGGGGAAUGAGGAGCCAGCGCCUCCUAUCUCCUGACAGGACCCUGCGAGCGUGCACGUACACGGGCACCAGCACUGAGACGCAAGCUGAGGACCACAGUCCAGGGCUGAAAGCGCUGAGUUUGGAGCCGCCGCUGUCCAUCAUGGACUGUUACCGUGACGACGCCUUCCGUCGUCUGGAGAUGGGGGGCGGGGGUUCCCCCACUACGACCAAUCAGGGGACAGCCUCGACGUAGAGCCGUCUCCUCCUCCACUCUGAACCAGCUGAUCCGCUCCGCAGCAGAGCCAAGGGCCCCCCCCACCCCACCCCCCCCCACCACGCCGGGGGGCUGCGUACAGCGCCCACCCUCCCCCUCCUCCUCCCCCUCCUCCCCCCCCCUCCUCCUCCUCCCCCUCCUCCUCCCUGGACGUCCCGUGGCUGCGGCGCCGCGAUGCUCCCUCAGUGACUCCCUGCACUCAGCCAGGUCGCUGACGACACUAGCGGCCUGAAGCGCUAAUGAGCUCCCCCCCCCACACCCCCCCCCCCCCCUCGCGUCGCGUCGCUCAGACGCUGCAGGAACUCGCCCCUAGCCGGGGCCAUCGUCCAAAAGGGCUUCGAUGUCGAUCCAGAGGAAAGCUCCAACAGUCGUGUAUCGGAUCGCCUUCUUCCACAGACAUUGCUAGAACUUUCUCGGGGGCGCCGCGAUGCGAUUGGUCGACGGGACGCUGUGUUUUUGAACUGUUUUCUAUGAAGCCGUUGCUCUGAGAGGAGGUUAACCGGUGUAUUUUUCUAAGUAUAGGAGUCGCGCUCCUCAGGUCAGCUGCCUCAGCGCGCUCCGGUCAUACAUGUGACCUCAUCACUUCCUCAAUAAAUUAAACUAUAUUUUAAACUCAA